AUGACCGUGACCAAGCUCAAGCUGAAGCGACCUGUGCUCCAGCUGUAUGCGCAGUGUCUGCGGUCGGCUCGGCGGUGUCCGCAGUGGGAGCAGCGCGAGAUGAUGAAGACGUACGUACGGAUGAAGAUCCGGAGCGAGGUCGACACGCAGGACCCGGAUCGAGUGCGGACGCUCUUAAUGGAUGGCAGGGAAGAGCUCGAGCGCAUGAAUUACUACCACUCGAUCUACGAAGCGAAGGAGAGACUAGCAGCCACAGCAGCUAGAGCGGCAAGUGAUGGUACAGCUUCGAGUAUGGAGGAGCGAACGCGUCCGUUCAGUUGCGUUCAUUGUCGGGCGGCGUAUCCGUCCAAAGAAGCCAAUUUUUGUGCCAAUUGCGGCACCAAGAGACCCGGAAGUUCCUGA